AUGAUUGAAAAGCAGCAGGAGGAAACCGAAGAAUGGCAACUGGACAAAGAUUCCGAAGAGGCUACCGUUCCGUUGACGAAGAUUGUCUUGCGUAAUGUGACCGAAUUAACCGUGGCCGGGUUGACAGCACUCUGCAGACACUAUGGAACCGUGAAGGAUGCGUUUAAAAUCAAGCAAGGAACACUCGCGUUUGUGGAAUUCUCCUCAGAAAACGAAGCGACAGUGGCCGUGCAGCAGCUCAACAGCAAGCGCGGGUUCAACUUCCAAGCGGAUUUUGCACGUCCCAAGGAGAGCGCCUCGGAACCCGUUCUCGUUCCCGUGACCAGUACUCUGCUGGACGAAGAUUCAUGGGAAGAAGCAUCUUCGAAGCGACGGUUCAAUCUGUCGUUUUCGUUGCCACUGUGUAUCAACUUUCCGGAGCGCAGCACACUCGAGACACGGUCCGACUAUUUGGCGAACACUGGCGAAAGCUCCAAACUACGCCAAACGGACCCGGAAUGCUUUUUUAGCAUCUUCAAAAUAACGGAACAAGCGACCGCUGUACCCAACCAGCAGAAAACGUUCAAACCGGUCGCAAUAAAAUCCGGUACCUGUUACACACAUCGGGGUCUCAACGAACAGGAGCGUAGCAAGUUUGGCCCCAUCAGACGGUGUGCCGUGUGUCAAGGCUACGGGUACGCUUACUGCCCAAAAUGUGGCACUUCGUACUGCUCCAUCGCGCACCAGAAAUUACAUCGUGCCGAACACGCUCUCAGCUGCGAGGCCAACCGUCCUCAGCUGCCGAGGACAGAAAGUAUAAGCAAAAAAACCAACGGAUUAAAUUCAAAUCAAGGAAAAUUGACUCGCGACGCGCUUCCGCUGAAGGCCAAGGUGAACAUCACUGCCGUCCUGACGCAUAAUCAGGUAUUCGUUCGAUCCGCCGAUGCUGCGGUCGAGCGCGAGUACCUAAAAACGAUUGUUGACGUGGCCAAAGCUGGAGCGCUUGCGCUUGGUGACGAGGGACCAAAGGUGGAACCGGAAACAGGCGGCAUUUAUCUGGCCCCGUACCAACCGCUGGGAGUCUAUGCACGCGUACUGGUGACGGAGGUGAGCGGUACCUUCUCCAAGUGUGUCUACGUGGAGUACGGCUUGGUGAAGGUAGUGUGCAACGAUACCCUUUUGCCCAUCCACGCGGCCGAACUAAGGUAUCGGAAGGUGUUCGUGUACAAAGUAUGCCUGGUCGGCAUCACGGAGGAGUAUGGGAUGGUCGACAAAGCCGUCGCGUACUUGAACAAGCUGAAGGAUGCGACCCUGUGGAUGACCUACAGCUUGGUGCAAGGCAACUUCGUCGACGUUCGGCUGCGAGUCGGCCCAGAAGGAGAAAUUGUGAACGACAUCAUUAACCGCAAGAUCGAGGUACCUCCGUUGCUGACGGAGAGCGACCACGAAGCGUACAUCAUGUACAAGAAAAUGGCCCAGUCGGAGCCGAUCAGAGGCGAAGCGAAAGCGAUCAUGAUCCUCAAUCGAACCACCAUCCAGCUGGACUACCGUGUGACGUGGAUUGCUGUGCAAGAUCUGGCGUACUUGGAAGAUUUGCACAAAGCGUUGCAGAGCUAUGGCAAGAAGGUCACCGAAUUCCGGCGCAAUGUGACCCCGCGGCUCGGAGAGCUGUGUCUCGUGCGCUACGGAAGCAACUGGUACCGUGCGGUUUGUCACGAGACUGCCGGCGACUCCAGACCGGCACUGUUCCUCUGUGAUUACGGGUGCAUGGUGCUGGCCAACUUGACCGACAUCCGCAAGAUACCGGCCCAGUUUGCGACCGAGGUGCGCACUCACGACGGGAUAAUCGCCGGUCUCGAGGAAGCCAAGGCCGACGGGUUCAAGAUGGACUCGUUAUUUUUCGAUCUUUAUCUGCCAGAAAAUGAAGUGAUGGCCGUAGACAUUACGGAACUGGAAAUUCCACCGCAAAGUGAAGGGGAUGAGGCGGAUAAACAUACGGUGCUAAGUGUGCCUGAUCUGACCAGUUUUCUCAAAUCCUGUCGAAACCGAUCAAACGAAUCUUAA